CUGGCAGGAAGCUAAGCUCAACGAGCGCUGACAUACGAGGAAGGACGCUGCUGGAGAGAGGGCUCACAAAAAAAAAAAACAAGGCUUGGAUAUCUCUGCAGACCCCCAAAACGCAAGGGUAAAGUUAUGACGGCCUGUAGGAUCCACUAACACUCUUCUCUCCAUAUUCCCCAUCCAGCAAGCAACACAACAACUAGUCCGCAGUUUCGUUGCCAUGGAGGCCCGAGGACUGUACGACUUCAACGGCACGGCGGAGGACGAGCUCAGCUUUCGGAAAGGAGACACUCUGAAGAUCCUGGGCUCUCAGGAUGAUUGGUAUAAGGCUGAAAUGCACGGCCACGAGGGCUUCGUGCCUAAAAACUAUGUGGACAGGCCAACACCCAACUGGUUCCAGGAGAGCGCCUCUCGCGGUGCAGCCGAGGAGAUUCUGAUGUCCAAAGAAGUCGGAGCCUUUCUGAUCCGCGGCAGCCAGAGUUCACCCGGAGACUUCUCCAUAUCCGUCAGGCACGAGUUUGACGUGCAGCAUUUUAAAGUGAUGAAGGACAAUAAGGGUCACUAUUACCUUUGGUCAGAAAAGUUCACCUCCCUGAAUAAGCUGGUGGACUACUACAAGACCUCCUCCAUUUCCAAGCAGCGGGAGAUCUACCUGCGGGACGGGGGCCGAGACGAAGCCAGACCCUCAGCGCCUCAGCCGGUAAAGAGAGGCAGUCUUCCUGAGGAAAGGCCCCCCCAUGGAGGGGGCUAUGGUCCUCCAUCAGGGGGACACCGCAGACCCGCAGAGCCAGCUCACACUCAGCAGAAACGGGGCAGUUUGGAGGAGAGAGCCCACACCAUGGGCACCUCAGGCAGGAACAGCCCGAGUGGCACUGUUCCCGGCCCCAGACGGACUUCAGACACCCUACCUGCACCGAGGUCAGUGGUGCAGGUGAGAGCGCUGUAUGACUUUACAGCAGAGGAAGAUGACGAGCUGGGCUUUAACGCUGAAGAUAUCAUCGAAGUGCUGGACCGUUCCGAUCCUUCAUGGUGGAAGGGCCGGUUGCGUGGCAACAUUGGCCUCUUCCCUGCCAACUAUACUACCCAAAUCUGACCAAAGCAAGACCGGGCAGCUCCACCAUUACCUGACCAAACGGAGCCUUGCGAACGGAUUCUUCUGCAUUACGAAGAUUGAAUCACUUUUACAAAGUUGGAUACUUCAUCAUCGUUACUAGUUACAAGGAUGUGGACAACAUGAUGGGAAAAAACUCUACCGGUUGUCUACCUGUGCUUAUAAUGAGCUGGGUAAAUCAUAUCUAUCCAUUCAUAUUUAAUGCACACUUUGAACAAAUGAGGUACGAUUGGGCUACACCUUUUUUUUUAAUAACUCCCACCAAUUUCUACCACAGUGUCAGGCCUGUAAUGCUAUAGGCUACAUGGGACCACAUCUACAUACAUGUUACAUGUAUGGUAAUGUAUGUAAAAAUACUCAUAUUUCUAUGCUUUUUUCCCAAUUCAUUAAAACUGAUGACAGA